AUGAUUCCAGCGCUGAAAUCAGUUGGUGGGCUUAUUCCCAUCAUGCUUCUGCUGGAUUUGGUUGCUGUUUUUUGUUCAGAAGCGCUGCGAACGCAAGAAUUCCAACGAUAUGACGGUUGGUACAAUAAUUUGGCUAAUCGUGACUGGGGAAGUGCUGGUAGUCGACUUCAUCGCGACUCACCGUCGAACUACGAGGACGGCGUCUACAUGAUGAAUCUCUCGCUGCCUUCCGCACGAGUGUUAUCAGAACUCGUCUUCAAAGGUCAAGUGGUCGCGUACGAGAUCAUGGCAUCUACCCAGACCAGUUGCCCGCUUGAAAUCAUGAAAAUUCCGGUACCACCUGGGGAUCCAGUGUACGAUAUCAAUGGAACUGGUACUGAUAUACCGUUUACGCGUGCAAAGUACGACAAGCAAUCUGGUCAAGGUUUUAAUUCCCCCCGAGAGCAGGUAAAUGAGCGAACGUCAUGGAUCGACGGUUCAUUUGUCUACAGUGUAAUGGAAGCAUGGGUGGCGACGAUGAGGUCGUUUGAAAAUGGCACACUUAAGGAGGGAAAUCAGAAAAGGUACCCGCCACUAAACAAUCCUCAUAUUCCGCUGAAUAAUCCACCACCACCGCAAAUUCAUCGACUCUUAAAUCCGGAUCGGCUUUUCCUUCUUGGAGAUUCACGUGUAAAUGAAAACCCUGGUCUGUUGUCCUUUGGAAUAAUUCUGUACAGAUGGCACAAUAUUUUAGCACAAAAGAUUCAGAAGGAAAAUCCAUCUUGGACAGACGAGGAACUCUUCCAAGCAGCUCGACGAUGGCUUAUAGCUACUCUUCAGAAAAUCAUCUUCUACGAUUUUCUGCCUGCAUUGAUCAAUGAGGAAGUGAAGCCGUACACGAAGUACAUGCCGCACGUCCCUCCUGGCAUUUCUCAUGCGUUCGCCGCCGCUGCGUUCCGAUUUCCGCACAGCAUUGUUCCACCAGCAAUGAUUCUUCGAAAGAAUGUGAAUGCUUGUGAGUGGAAUGCGCAAGAUAUCGUGCAAGAGUAUACGGUAGACGAAAUAAUCCUCGGCAUGGCUUCUCAGGUAAGCGAAGCCGACGACAUCAUUGUGGUCGAAGAUCUGCGAGACUACAUCUUCGGACCAAUGCACUUCACGCGACUUGAUGUCGUAGCUUCAUCUAUAAUGCGUGGUCGUGACAAUGGUCUACCGUCCUACAAUAUGCUCAGGAAGGCCUUCAAUCUACGGGAAAAGACGUGGGAAACCAUCAAUCCAAAGCUUUACCAAACCAAUAAAGAGAUGUUCGAUAAAUUGGAGGCUCUCUAUGGUGAUAUCGACUAUCUGGAUGCCUACGUCGGCGGAAUGCUGGAAGUGAAUAACGGCCCCGGAGAGCUCUUCAAAGCCAUCAUCAAGGAUCAGUUUGAAAGACUCAGAGACUCCGAUAGGUUUUGGUUUGAGAACCGUCAGAAUGACCUUUUCACUGACGAAGAAAUCAAGAAAAUACACAAAACGACACUGAGGGACAUCAUUCGCGAAACCACCGAGAUCUCUGAUCAGUGGCUUCAAGAAGAUGUAUUCUACUUCAAAGAAGGACUGGAGCAAUGUGUUCCGUUUAUGAGAUUCGAUCAUUUCACUGGAAAUGAGGUCACGUACAUCUUCACCCUUAUUGGACUGGGAUGCAUUCCACUAAUCUGCUUUGGUAUUGGCUAUAUGCUGAUCCAACGUCGUCGUCGUAUGGGUUGGGACAGCUCGUACGACGACCUCUCGGCAACCGCCAUCGAUGUUUCAGCGUUCGAAUGGUUACAAGAGUGCUUCGUGCGUCAAGUGAUUGUGGAAAUUUCUCCUGGCUCGUUAGUCGUCAGGAAGCCUCGAGGUGGAAUUUUAAGGAAGAUGAUUUUCUCGGAAAACGCUAAGGUGCUUCGUCUUCCUUCUGACAAACAUUUGCCGGAGUUCCUCGCCGCACUUACGCUUUCUUUGAAAAAACUCGAUGGUCAACUCAUAUGCUUUCUCAUACCAAAUAAAGCGCUCCUCGAAAAAGCCGAAACAGAGGAACGCCGUCAGCAGCGUUUGGACCAUUUCUUCCGUGAAGCUUAUGCCCGUGCCUUUAAUCAGCCAAAGCUGAGCGAUUCAAACACUCACGAGAACGACACUGACAGCAUUCUCGAUCAGACCAUAACCAAGUGCGAUCUUUUUCUUGCCUACGAUUUUGCUAGCAGUAGGAGCUCACCUUUUUUUGGAGUAAAUUUUCUUAGCCUACUAUGUUAUAGACACGAAUUCGCACAGGCAAUUGGAAUGCGAGAGACAGACAUGUUCGUACAGCGAAUGUUCGCCAUCACCUCUCAUUCAAGCAGUGACAUGGUGACAUUCGCAGAAUUUCUUGAAGUACUGAAGAAGUUCAGCGAAGGUACGGUAAGGGACAAGUACAAGUUGCUGUUUGCGAUGUGUGACAUACAUGGCCGAGGACGGGUUCAUCGCCGCCAAUUCGCUGAACUCAUUCGAUCGCUGAACGACGUCAUUGGCGUUAGAAUCACGGAAAGCACUCAUGAUAAUGUCAUAGAGAACAUCCUUUGCCGAUCGGGAAUUAGCCCUUCGUCCGAAUACCUGACCGUCGCCGAUUUCGAAGCCAUCUUUGCUCAAGUCGAUGAACGAAGACCCGUCUGCGUUGACUUCCGAGGAACGAAAAUCAAAGUCAAUCUGGAAGAGACAGCGUCGCUGAGUUCUUUCGCCGUUUCCUCAGCGCCCGAGCGCCAAUGUCUUCCGCAUGACAUUUUCGGCUCGUUCGCAGCUUAUGUGGAAACCUAUCGUCAGCACAUCGCCAUCCUAUUCAUCUUCUGUUGUAUCAACAUCAUCGUGUUCUUGGAGAGGUUCUGGCACUACCGUUAUGAGACCGAGCAUCGGGAUCUGCGACGAGUGAUGGGUGCCGGUAUUGCGAUUACACGUGGUGCUGCCGGAGCUCUAUCGUUCUGCAUGGCCGUCGUACUGCUCACAGUUUGCCGCAACGUGAUCACGCUCGUAAGGGAAACCCCACUCGGAGAGUUCAUUCCAUUCGAUUCAGCCAUCACAUUCCAUAAGAUCGUUGCACUGUUUGCUGCAUUCUGGGCGUCUCUGCACACUAUCGGACAUUGCGUGAACUUCUAUCACGUCGCCACACAGAGCCAAGAGGGUCUACAUUGUCUUUUCCAGGAAGCCGUAUUCGGAUCGAACUUCCUACCGUCAAUCUGCUAUUGGUUCUACGGUACGAUUACUGGGCUAACAGGCAUUCUAUUGGUGGCAGUGAUGUCCAUCAUCUAUGUGUUUGCGUUGCCAUGUUUUAUGAAGAGGGCAUAUCAUGCUUUUAGACUUACUCACCUACUGAACGUCGCCUUCUAUGCUCUCACUGUCUUGCACGGAUUACCAAAAUUGCUCGAUUCACCGAAAUUCGGCUACUAUGUUGUUGGGCCUGUGAUAAUUUUCAUUAUUGAUCGGAUCAUGGGAAUGCGUCAGGAAUACAAGAAACUCAAAAUUAUUAACGCUGAGUUACUGCCUUCAGACAUCAUCUACCUACAGUUCAAACGACCGUUGUCGUUUUCUUUCCGCUCUGGCCAAUGGGUCCGCAUUUCAUCGCCGGCGUUCUCAUGCGCCUUCAACGAGUGUCAUGCUUUCUCACUUGCCUCAGCUCCACAGUCGCCUACACUCGAGUUGUAUAUAAAGGUUGUCGGUCCAUGGACGUGGAAGUUGAGGUCGGAAAUCAUUCGUGCUCAAGCAAGCAACUCCUCGUAUCCAUUCGUUCAUAUGAAUGGUCCAUACGGAGAUGGAAAUCAGGAAUGGACCAAUUACGAAGUGGCUGUUCUCAUUGGUGGCGGAAUCGGUGUGACACCGUACGCAUCAACCUUAACCGAUCUCGUUUACUUUCUAUGGAUUUGUCCGACUCACAAAAACUACGAGUGGUUUAUCGAUGUGCUGAAGGACGUUGAAGAACUGGAUCAGAAUCGACUUAUAGAGGGUCACAUCUUCGUCACACAGUUCUUCCACAAAUUUGAUUUGCGAACUACAAUGUUGUACAUCUGUGAGAAGCACUUCCGUGGUGAUCACGAAGGCAAGUCGAUGUUCACCGGAUUACGAGCUCACAAUCAUUUCGGUCGUCCGGAUUUCGACGCGUUCUUCUCGUACAUUCAGAGUGUUCACAACGAGAUCUCCGACAUCGGCAUAUUCAGCUGCGGUCCAUCCAGUCUGAACGACCAAAUCAGUUCGGCUUGUUCUCGCGCGAAUCGAGCACGGAACGCACCAUCCCUCAUGCAUAAGUUCGAGACCUUCUGA